UUGCCCAGUUUGAACCCAUCCAAAGCCAUGGCCAUGCUCAGAGUGUCUUCUUACCGCAAGCUGUUUGAGGAUGAUAGCUGGAGUCGAAAUGGAGGAUUGAGUAUGCAGUGUGCAGGGCAGUACCGGGCCACCGUCAGGAGUGCGGCUGUUGACAAGUGUGACUGUGACAAGUUGGACUUUGUAGCUGCCAAGGCGAUUAACAGGGAGGGUCUGAACCAGUUUGUGAAGGACCGCACCAUCAUUGCUGCCCUCAAUGACCGCCUGGUUAAGCUUAUUGAACUGGCCCGUUGUUUUGAGGAGGAGAACGAGUCUCUUGAAUGUCAAAUUGUUGAGCUGGAAGACAAGCUGAACAGUCGACAAGCCUUCUCCAGCAUCACCUCCACUGUGCCUGACUACAGUCUGGAUGAAGUGGUGGAAAGACUGCGCAGGGAGAGGGAUGAGAUUCUGUGUGACACCGAGGAGCUGCGGAAAGAGCUUGAAUGUCUGAUGAAAGAAUACGAAAAGGCUGCACAGCAGAGGAUCCUCUUCCAGCAGGAACGACAAGAUGUUGCAGAGGAAGUGGAUGCUGUGACAGCAGGGUGUUUGGCGUUAAGGGAGCAAGUGGCUAUCUACGAGGAGCAGCUGGCUAACAUGGAGGCCCAGCACGAGACGGCAGUGGAGGAUCUGCUGGAGCCAGCUGAUGGGACUACAGGAGCGGUGGCAGCUAUUAAAUUUGGCAGCCCUGACAUCACCCCGGCCUUGGAUGUAAAGGAGUACUACUGCCAGCUGGCUGAGAACCUCCAGUACGAGUGCGACGCACCCUCUUUUGCUGUGGUUCGAAGCAGUGAUGGAAAACAACUGGAAGCGGGAGGAGCUGCAGGGUCAACAGUGAAAGCCUUGCCAAAGAUAACGGACAUCGGUGAGAUGAAGAUGCUGAUUUCAGAGCUACAAAAGGAGCUCGCUGAGCUCGAGAAAUUGAACGAAGAGCUGGAGGACGAGGUUGAGAUGAAGAAGGCUGCAUACAUGGACGAGAUUGCUGAGUUGGAGUGUACUAUAGAUGAAAUGCGGCACCAGGAGGCCGAUUUCCAAGUGCAGAUGAAGGAGCAGUAUGAAGACUACAAAGAGUUGCUCAGUGAGAAGAUGGCCAGAGAUAUGGAAAUUGCUGCUUACAGGAGUCUGGUGGAGGAAGAGGAGGAGAGGCUGUGCAGCCUGUAACUCGAGGCUGGAGAGUAAGACAGGCUGGCUGGAUGGAUGCUCCCCCACACGUGGAUUAGAAAAUAGAAAAGCAUAAAAAACAUACCCAAAUCUGGACAGGGAUGAAGCUUAAGGUACCGAUGUAGCAGUUUAAGCAGAUGUAAACUUAUCAUGACAGAUUAAUACCGUCUGGAGGCCUAAGCUGGGCCAUUGAUAACAGGUCGCUGGCAGAUGACCCCGAGACUCCAAGAAAGAUGGAGCUGUCUAAAGCUGGUGGGAGGAUGGGGGCUGUGCGAUGAGUGCGUAUCCAUUCAGUGUCUGGCAGGGAUAUUUCCUUAAGUGGGUUUUAUCUUUACCAGCUCACUGAUAUGAUUCAUAAAUGUUUUGUCCCCUCUUUGUUGAACAAGUCCCACACAACCACACAGAAACACAGAUAUAGAUACACAAGCUAAACCAUGCGGCUCCGUGGAGACAUAGCACCUCGUCCAUCACUCAAACUCUGUCUGAUUACCAGCUCUUAACCUCUGACCUCUUCACUGUUAGAAAACCUAUUGACAGCCCUCCCUUUGGUAACUAAAAGCAUCUCACCUUCCCUUUGCUUUUACAGUCGUGCAUUCAUGUUGGCUUUACAUACGACACUGACAGUCAAGUGUGCAGUGGACUGUUUGCUUUUCAAAUGGUUCAUGAAGUUGUUUUUCUACAGCUCUUACAAAACGUGCACCUGGAUCUUUGUACAAGAAACGGCUGUGUGAUUCAUUAUUUCUCCUUUUGAAAAACUAAUUUUCUGUCGUUUCAGAAAUAAGCAUUCGGUAAUACAUUCCUCUGUAAUCUUUUCCUUAUUUUCUACAUGACUUUCAAGCUGUCUGUGAUAAAUCAUUUUUGGUUCCUGCUUCUGCACAAGUGUCUGAAUGUGCUUUAGAUUUAAAUGAAA